AUGGAGCAACAACUCGACGCGGAAGGAUUUCUGGAGGGCGUGGACUUCAUCUUGCUACCGUGUGGAGAUCGCAUUCCCGCGGUUCCAGGCAAGUAUCGACUCACUACCCCGCCCGAUUUGAACGAAGUCGCCGAAAAACGUUUUCUGCUGGAGUACGUGUCCCCCUUUCUUACUGUGCGCGAGUACCCCAUGAGCGGCAUCGGAUCAGUGCAGCGAGGCGAACUCAUAACGAAGGCUGGGCGUGCUUGGCUCGUUCCCGACGCUGCCUGUAUGGAUGAACUCACCUUCGCUGGCAUGAUGUCUGGUAAGAAGAUGUCAAAGUUGUCGUAUCCUCCGUGCGUCCCCGCUGUCGUUCUGCAACUUUUGACGGAGACGGUUAACCUGGAAGACGCGCAGGCAAAGAUGGCAGUGUUCAUGGAAGCGGGCACUCGCGAAGGCGUCGUUGUGGAUUCCCGAAAGGGCUGCGUGUGGAUCUACAAGCGAGAUCAAGGCGAACCGCGAUGCGCGUCGCUGGGCCCGAUCGUAUUUGACUCGAUGCCCGAGUUUACGUUGGAUUGUGAUGCGAUCCGCAGUGCGGUGGCCCAGGCUGGUAUGCUGUACUUAAGUAAGUAA